UGGGAUGGACUACAGCUCCCAGAGGGCCAAGCGGCGGUGGCGCGUCCAUUGCUCCUAGCCGCGCCUGGGCGGCUAGUUCAAGUUGCCAUAGCUGCGAGUCUGGGGUGAGCAGAGUCGGUUGCGCCGCAGCGUUGAGUCGGUUGCACCUUCGGGGUCGCUGGUAGCCGCGGGAGCCGGGUGGGGCCUCGGCGAUGAUCCGGCGUUAAGAACCUGGAGUCACCUUGGGUCUAAGGUGUUUUGGGGGAAGUGUAGAGGCAACCCAAAAGAGCAUCUACUUGACUAGACCUUUUGCCCGGAAUCUCAUGAAGAAAUGAUAGGAGGCAGGCAUCCGUGCCUAAGAAGAGCACUGAGCUCAAAGGACAGCAACACAGAGUUCUGGGAGUGUACUUUGAGUUCCACCAGAUGCAGGAGUCUGACCAGCUCUCAUUGCUCAAAGUAAUUGAAAUUAAUAGCAGAAGACUUAGAGUGCACCCGGGAAGCUCAUGCCAAAAACUGAUUCUAUCUUAUUGAAAGUAUGUAAUCCUAGCUGGGGAUUUGUGUACAUCAAUGGCAGAAUCAUCCAGUGAUUCAGACCACUUCCGCUAUCGUAACCGAUUUAGUCGAUGGGCAACCAGGACAGUUCAAAGGGAAACUGGAAGUCAUCCUACAGUAGAUGUCACUGCGAAGGUCAACACUAUAACCAGUACUUUACAGGACACCAGCCGGAACCUACAACAAGUGGAUGAGAUGCUUGGGCGCUAUCGAGAAUAUAGCAUUGGACAUGCGGGUGCUAUUGAACAGUUAAAGGAAGAUUUGGAGCAGUCGAUAAGCCAACUGCGGAGUCAGCGCUUACAGAGAAACUCAGGAGGGAGAAGCGCUUCUGUUACCAGCCUGAGUGCAAGUGAUCUCGACGGUGGCACCGUGGCAGAGAGUCUUCGCUUUACACCUACCUCACCGCUGAAGGACUAUGAUUCCCAGGGUAUUAAACGAAACAGGUCCAGAACUGGGGUUCGGUUUGUUCGGGAGACAGACGACAUGGCCCAGCUGCAUGCAUUUCAUCAGUCCCUCCGAGACCUCAGCAGUGAACAAGUUCGGCUUGGAGAUGAUUUCAACAAGGAGAUUUCCAGAAGAAGCCGGUCGGAUGCUGAAACAAAAAGGGUUUUGGAAGAAUUGACUGAAAAGCUUCAUGAAGCCCAGAAACAAGAUGUGGUUUCAGAUCGAGUGGAGCGGCGGCUUCAGGAAAUAGAGAGAGAGAUGCGCACGGAAAGAGAGCUGGUGGAAAGACGACAGGAUCAGCUGGGACUCAUGUCCUUGAAGCUUCAGGAGGCCCUGAAGAAACAAGAAGCGAAAGCAGAUGAGAAUGAGGACGUAAUGAAAAACAAGCUACGUCAAACGGAAACUGAGAAGAGCCAUCUGGAACAGGAAUUGGAGCUCUCUCGCAGGCUGCUGAAUCAAUCUGAAGGCAGCAGAGAAACACUUUUGCAUCAGGUGGAAGAACUACGUACUCAACUUACAAAAGCUGAAGGUGACCGGAAGGGUUUACAACACCAAGUAGCCAAGCAACAGUCAAGCUCCCAGGAUGAUCAACGAGAUGACUGGAGGUUUAGAAGAGGGGUAGAGCGGGAGAAACAGAGUCUGGAGAGGCAGAUGGCGGAACUGCGGGUGCACCUGAACUUCAACGCCAUGGCUUCCGAGUUAGAGGAGGUGAAGCGGUGCAUGGAACGGAAGGACAAGGAGAAAGCCAGUUUGGCGGCCCAAGUAGAGGUGACGUCCGUCUUUAAUCUACAUUUGGAAGACAGUUUUAUUUACUGGAAUUGCUUAAAGAAAUUUAAUCCAAAGUUGUAUAAUUUUGAGAGCUACUUUUGGAGUCUUCAAACCAUGGAGAGAGAGAAACAUAUAAGUAAUGAGGAAGAGCACUUGAGGAGAACGGAAGAGGCCAGACUGCAGCUCAAGGGUCAACUUCUUUGUUUGGAGACGGAGCAGGAAUCCAUUCUUGGUGUAAUAGGAAGGGAAAUUGAUGCAGCUUGUCAAACUUUCUCUAAAGACUCCAUGGAGAAAUUGAAAGUAUUUACCUCUGGGCCUGAAAUACAUUAUGACCCACAUCGCUGGUUAGCUGAAAGCAAGACCAAGCUUCAGUGGCUCUGUGAGGAGCUGAAAGAGAGAGAGAGCAGAGAGAAGAACAUGCGGCAGCAGCUGAUGCUCUGCAGACAGGAGCUCAGGGACCUGACGGAGCACAAGGAGUCUGAGCUGCUCUGUCUGUUCGAGCACAUCGAGAGGCAGGGGCAGCUUCUGGAGGAGUUCCACCAGGAGAAGAGAGGUCUGCUAGAAGAGACUCAAAGAAAAGAAGAAGAAGUGGAAACUCUACAGGACCGUGUAAAUGCAUUAGAAACGAGUACCCGAGUGGCCUUAGACCAUCUGGAGUCUGUGCCUGAGAAACUGAGCCUGCUAGAGGAUUUCAAAGACUUCAGAGAUUCCUCCAGUUUAUCUGAGAAAACUGAUGGCAGAUACUCUAAAUACAGAAUUCACAGAGAUUCUCUUCAACAGCGCCGAGAUGACACCAAAUACAGAAUCAAGAGCUUUAAAGACGACAGACCCUUUUCUGAAGGUUCCCACUCUCAUGGCCUAGAUCACUCAUCCUCUUGGCAAGAUCGCAGUUUCUUCCUGUCUAGUCCACGGUAUUCACACUUCAACUCCUUGCCAGCAUUUACCAAAAGAACCAUUGCCCAAGAUCCAGCUUCAAUCAAGGAAGAUGCUGCAAGUUUACCAGUGAAUGGAACAAAUCCACAGUCCAAGAAGGAGGAAUAUGAGAGCAAAAAAUACAAAAUAUAAUUCACAACUUUACUUGAGUAUUUUACAAAUAAUACCCUAUGGUUCUUUUUGCCCUUUGGCUUGAAUUAUCUAAAGACAUCGUGUGGCUUUGGCUCCCUGGAACUGCCCAGCAUUGACUAUCACGGCUUUACAGUCAGUCUUUGUAAGUUUAGCCAGUGGAAGUAAUAUCAACUUAUGAACGAUACACAGCUCACUUAGAGGCAACUCAUACCAGCAGAGAAAGCAAUCAUUUUUGCUUUGUAUUUUCCCAGUGUCACACUUUUCCAACCCAACCUCGAAUUUAUAAUUGAUGCAUUUCAAAAAUGACUGGCUGGAAGGAGGAAAAAAAGAGUUCCCUCCAGGGAAAGGUUUAGAGUUGGGAGCAUUUGGACAUGAUUGAUUUUUAAAUACUUUCUCCCUAAUCAAUUCUCAUGUGUUGUAACAUGGCAUGGAGAUGCCUAUGUAAUAUUAGACUGCCUUGUAAAUGCUUAUCACCACUCAUCUGUUAUGUCAGCAGUCUAUUACUACAUGUAGUAUCUUAAAACUAUUCCAAUGAUCAUUUUUAAUUGCAAAAGAAUUUAUAAAUGAUAGCUGAAUCGUAGAUCACUGUAAAGAAUUCACAGCACCAUUUAUUUAUUUAUCUUGUUGUGGCCAAAUGUCCUACUGUGAUCACCGCAGUCAUACCCUGGAUGAUCUUUGGUUUGCUCUGACUCAAAUCCCAGCACCGCUUCCCUGUGACAGUGGGGUUCACUCUGCAAGAGUCCCUGUAUACUUUGGUACUACCUGACUGCUUUUUACAUCCCAGCGUUUUCAACAUCAAAGUGUUUGUAAAACCUUACCGCCUUUCCAUGUUCAUCCACCAGUGAAGAAAUUUUAUAUUCAAAUGCUAAAGAAUGGUCAUCAUCCAGGAAGCGAGUCCCACUGGGCCAUGGUGGAAAGCCUCUGCACAGAUACAGGAACAAUAAAGCAAUCCUUUGUAAUGUA